GCGAAAAGCUCCGGAGAAGAAAAAAUUUCCCGGUCCCCGGUUUCAAUCAACGUGUCGGGGUAGAUAUUCUCGAGCUAAGCCGAUUUUUUUUUACGAUCAUGGCUGGAAAAACGAAGAAGGAGGUUUUGCAACGACCGGAGGUCACCGAGCGAAAUCAUGCCGACCAGGACGGCAUCGUCGAUCCGGAAAGCUGCAUCAAGCAUCCGCUGCAAUUCCAUUGGACGCUCUGGUAUCAGGAACCGGAUAAGGAAAAAUCGUGGGGAGGCAACCUGAAGGAGGUGGCCACCGUCGGUGCCGUUGAGGACUUCUGGAAAUUAUGCAACCACAUCAAGAGCCCGUCGGACCUGAAGACCGGGGGCGAUUGUUCGCUGUUCAAGCAGGGCAUCCGCCCCAUGUGGGAAGACGAGAAGAAUUUCCGCGGCGGCCGGUGGGUGAUCAACGUGCCCCGGCAGCAGCACCACGAGUUGGACGAAUAUUGGCUGGAUACGAUAUGGUGUCGAAUUGGCGAGGUUUUCGAUGAUCCUGAAGAAAUUUGCGGUGCCGUCGUGGAUGUUCGCCCGAAGAUGAAUAGAAUUGCGAUUUGGACCUCCACUGUCAUGAACCGGGACGCGCCGAUGCCGGAGAAAGCUGUAAGUCGAUUUCUUGCCAUAUUCGAACCAUAAAUUGUAAGAGGAAGGUUGGGUAAAUUUGUUGCCAGAAAAUUAAAAACACGAUAAACUAAAUCUUACAUUUUUUAUUAUUAUGGGCAACCGAAAGCCUAGUUUUUUUUUUCAUCACAAAUGGCGCCCAACUAAAUCGAACCACUUUUGAUUAUUAGUUCGACAAAUUUUUGAAACUUAGCGUCUAGUUACAAUUAUCAUUGUUAUUAGUAUUAGAUAAUUGAUUAUUAUUGCGAUUACUUAAUUAUUGCUCUUCUUGUUUAUCAUAUCAUUUUGCUGUAUUAUCAUCAGUAUUGUUUUGUUUGUUCAAUACUGUAUUUCAUAUUUAGCUGGUUUUAAUCCGUUUCAAGAUCAUGAACAUUCGGGCACAGAUGUCAAGGGGGUUGCUAAGGAAACAUCAAAAGGAACGCGAUCUGGAGGCGCGGUAUAACCUCUAUUCCGGGCCCUUGGCAAUUAAGAGGAUUAAAUCCCUCUUUUCCUAAGACAUCCGUUGCUUCUAGAAAAACCAGUAAUUGUGUUUAGUCCUCACUGUAAGAUCAGAGUCAUUUUUUUUCAAUGACUACAAGAUUUUAAUUGAUUGUUUUGCUGCUUAGGAGGAAGUCUUAAUAGUUUGGUUUCAGGAGUCGAAGGAAUUUUUACCGGGUCUGCUGGUAUAGAUUGACAUCAUUUGCCAAGAUAUGUUGGCGUUGAGUUUCGUCUUUAGUUUUAGUUUAAUCUUUGCCAUAAUUCGUUGGCGUGAAGAUAUUUUUGCCAAGAUUCGUUGGCUUUGAGUUUAUUAUGAUGUGUUUAUGUAUUAUGUAUUUAUGUAUUAAGUUUUAGACACCUCUGCAGUAGGUGUUACGCUUCCGAGGUAUGCUCGGAAUGUAGUUGAUCAUUCUUUUUCCUUCGAACUCCUUGUGGCGUGCUUAUGAAAUUUUCAUGGAUUGCUGUCACAAUCCAUGAAAAUUUCUACCAAAGCAGCAAUGUUGUGUUACAUUUGAAUUUUGAUUAGUUUGAGCAAUGAUAUGAAAGAGCAAU